AUGGACAUAGCGGAGCAAGUCAAGUGCACAGCCACAAAGGCGCUGAAGGGACUGGAGCACCCUUCCUCCGAGGAGAAGCUGAGCGAGCUGGGAGGUUUAUCGACCAGGAGGCAAGGACCUGAAGGGGAGGUGUCAUCGAUGUCUCUGAAUCCUGAAUGGCAGAACGACCUCUGCGGACCCUGCGGACCCACCCCGCUGGCUAACAGCUGCAACGAGCCCUGUGUCAGGCAGUGCGAGGCCUCCCGUGUCGUCAUCCAGCCUUCCACCGUGCAGGUCACCCUGCCUGGACCCAUCCUCAGCUCCUUCCCCCAGAGCACUGCCGUCGGAUCCUCCGCAUCUGCUGCCGUGGGCAAUGAACUCAGCGCCCAGGGAGUGCCCAUCUCCUCUGGCGGUUUCGGCUUCGGCUACGGCUACGGCUUGGGAGGCCUUGGCUGCUACAGUGGUAGAAGAGGCUGCUACCCCUGCUAA